AUUGCAGGCAAUCUUAACAAUAUCUCGAUAAUGAGAUCAACCGGGAUAGAAUCUGAAUUCAUGAUUGCUGAUAGAGAGACCUAGAGAACCCCAAGCUAAAGCUAUAUAUAUUAAGCGACGCAAGUAAAAAACAAAAGGCAAAGUUCUGAAAUAAUUUAAACCGGUUUGGUACACAUUUCCAUUUAUUACUCGGUUAACUUACCCGAUAACAUUAAAUGUUCAAUUUCAUACAAAACACACCGACAUCGGUUUCUAUGACUUUUAAACCAGAACCGUAACAUCGACAUCGAUUCAUUGCUAUUUAUACAAAGUCCGAAUCUAGUUUUCGUACGAAAUUCAACUUCCUCAAAAACCCUAGCUUCCUUCUUCUUCAUGGAUCAUCAUCAACAACAAUCCGAUUCACCUAUCGAUGAACCCACAAAUUCAUCUUCAUGGAGUUUCGGUAAUCUAAUCAAAACCCUAGCGACAAAAUCCGAAUCUGUAAUCGGAUCCUACCGUCGCGAUUUCGAGGAAUUCGGAUCCGAAUUGAAGAAAGAAACCUCAAUAAUCCGACGAGUAGCUUCGAGAUUACCUGAUUCUCUCGAGAUCGGAGCCGCCGUCGCUUCGGAAUCUCUCGAAUCGGUUGGUCAAGUUAUCGACGAUAUCGGCGCCUCCGUGUGGAAAUCAACGGCUAAGAUUAUUUCUCAUGGUAAGGAAUCUCUAAAACCGGAUCGUGACCGUACAAAUCAGGGUUUUUCUGUGAAACCCUAUAGUCGUUUUGAGAUGAUGUUACUUGCGAUGCAAUCUGAUAAAGGAACGUUUGUCAGAGAACCUGACGAUUUAAGUGAUUUCGAGAAUUGGAGUUUAGGGUUUAAGUUAGAGGAGAAAAGGAAUGGGAUUGUUGAUUUAAUUAAUGGAAACAAAGUUGUUAAAGAGAUGUAUGAGGAGAUUGUUCCUGUUGAAGUUGAUGCUGAGACUUUCUGGAGGAGGUAUUUUUAUAAAGUUAAUAAGCUUGAGCAAGUAGAAGAAGCUAGAGUUAAGCUUCUGAAGAGAGCUAUUUCUGGUGAAGAAGAUGAAGAUUUGAGCUGGGAGCUUGAUGAGAAAGACAGUGAGAUUGGUUCAGAGAAUGUGGUAUUGGAGGAGGAGAAGGUAGAGAGCAGAGAGGUUUCGUCUAAGGACAGUGAUUAUUCGGUGAUUUCGACACAGCCAUCGUUACCUGAAGUUGAAGAUCUUGGGUGGGAUAAGAUGGAGGAACAUGUCAGAAGCAAUGAGGAGAGGAGUUUGGAGGUUGGUCAAGGGAUUGUGGAGAGAUCGGGUUGGCGAAGACGGGUUAGUGUAGCGGUAGAGAAAGAAGAGGAUUUAUCUUGGGAUAUUGAAGAUGAAGAUGAUGACUCUGUUCAUCAACAAUAGAUAGAGUAUACUUGCCUUAUAGAAAAGGCAAGAUUUAGUGUGAUCACAGUUAUUAAGUGUGAUCAAUACAUAUACAAUUCUUCAAUUUGUAUAGUACUAUGCUCUAGUGAAUUAAAUCGAAUGUUUUUAAUUACACUAGAUAUGCCACAAUUCAAAAGACAAUGCAAUUCUAGGAAAAAACCAAUUUAACAUCUUAAAUCUUUUCUCUG